UUGUGCAGCAGCAGAGGAAGUUCAGCAGCAUCGUAAACAUGGCCGACAGUGGAGUGACAGAUGGAACUGUCGGAAAAGAGUGUAUACAACAAGCAAAGAUUGAAGGCAAAGAGCUGACCAAAGAGGAGAAGCAGCGGCUGAGGAAAGAGAAGAAACAGCAGAAGAAAAACAAAGAGAAAAAUGAUGAAAAUGUUUCAAAGGAAAGCGAAGAGAAGCCUGUCAGUGCGGCUGCUCCAACUCCAACACAACCCUCACAGAAGGCUCCUUCAGCUCCUUCAGCAGUGCCCGCUCCUGCAUCACUUCCUGUGCCUGCGUCAGAACCUCAGCCCGCUAAGAGUAAAGCAGACAUGAAAGCUGACAGGAGAGCAAGGCAAGAGUCUGAGAGGGCGUCCAAAAAGAAGGGGGACGCGGGUCAGCCGGCUGCCACGGGCAAAGCUAAAGCAGCACCCAGUGAGCUGCAGCCAGUGGUGAAGAGGCUCCCAGAACAUGUCCAAGUGGACAACCCAGAGGUUUUAAAGAAACUGGCAAAGAAGUUGGAGAAACAACAGAUCCCCCUCCGGUUAGACUACGGCCACAAAGUCAGCCUGUUUUCUCAUCUGCACCAGUACAGUCGCAGAGCCCCUCUCACACAGCAAAUUGGCAUUCCCUCAACAGUGAUUCAUCCUGCUAUUGUCCGUCUGGGUCUCCAGUAUUCGCAGGGCAUUGUGGCGGGGUCCAACGCCCGCUCUGUGGCCCUGCUGCAUGCUUUCAAACAGGUAAUAAGGGACUAUACAACACCUCCAAAUGAAGAGCUAUCUAGAGACUUGGUCAACAAGUUGAAACCAUAUAUCAGUUUCCUGAAUCAAUGUCGCCCCCUGUCAGCCAGCAUGGGUAAUGCGAUCAAAUACAUCAAGAAAGAGAUCUCCAAUAUUCCUAGUCAAUGCAGAGAAGAAGAGGCGAAGAGCAAGCUGCUGAGCUGUAUCGAGCGUUACAUCGAGGAGAAUAUUCUCCUCGCUGCUAAAGCUAUCGCCAAGUCCUCCAUAGAAAAGAUCAGUGAUGGAGACGUCAUCCUAGUUUAUGGAUGCUCGUCGCUGGUCAACCACAUCUUGUGCGAGGCCUUUGAGAAGAAGAGGAAGUUCCGUGUGAUCGUGGUGGACAGCCGACCUCGUCUGGAGGGCCGCGAGGCUCUGAGGCGCCUCGUCCAGAGAGGCAUCAGCUGCACCUACGUCCUCAUCUCCGCUGUCUCCUACAUUCUCCCAGAGGUAUCGAAGGUGUUCCUCGGUGCUCACGCUCUGCUGGCUAACGGUUACGUGAUGUCUCGCGUGGGCACGUCACAGAUCGCUCUGGUGGCCAAAGCCUUCAACGUGCCUGUGCUGGUGUGUUGUGAGACAUACAAGUUCUGUGAGAGGGUGCAGACAGACUCCUUCGUGUCCAAUGAACUAGAUGACCCUGACGACCUCAUUGUGACGCGUAAGGGGAGGACCCAGCUGGAGCACUGGCAGAAAGUGCCCUCUCUCGGCCUGCUGAACCUGGUGUACGACGUGACGCCGCCUGACUUCGUGGACUUGGUCAUCACAGACCUGGGAAUGAUCCCCUGCACCUCGGUCCCUGUGGUGCUGCGAGUGAAGAACGUGGACCAGUGAACGACAGUCUGAGCUCAGAGGCCGUUUCUCUGUGUUCUCCAUGGUUUGAGCUUGAAUGUUUGCACACAACACAAAACACCAUGCUCUGAGCAUGCAAUAAAUAUAUAUGAAAUGGCAUAUGCUUUUUAAACAGAGUCCAUGUGUGUUUUAUGGAUGAAUUGGAUAACUACCAGGGUUUGUUUCCCUUUAAGGUGGGGAGGGUAGUUCUGUUUUUGUUUAUACAUUUGGUAAAGGCAAGAUGUUUACAUGGAUCCACGUUGAGGUUUAUUUACAACAGAACAUUUAAUUGCCAGUAUUUGGAGCAGAACAGUUCCAAUGCGGUUGAAAACAUGCACUCGUUGUCAACCACAGCAUGCCAUUUCAAACCAGCCAGAAAUGGUUCCCUAAUUACAGUCGAAGCUGCAGUAUCUGUGAAGAGUUUGUGAGCCAUAGAAUCCCUCUGCCUAGUUUUUUAAUGACCAUCGAUUCAUUGAACAGAAUAAAAAGAGUGAGAGGCAAACUAGGAUUUCCUGGCAAAGGAACUCAGAAAUUCAACGCAUGACACUAGCGUGCGUCAAAUCUCAUUAUGACUUGGUAUUUUAGUCUUAAGUAGGGAAUCCAAAGUUAUAAUCAGCAUUUUAUUCCCAACUAACAUGGUCAUUUUCUACUAUUAAUUCCAUUUAUGCAAUAGUUUAUAUUCAGGCAUCUUCUGGCUCUUUAUUUAUUAACUUCUAGGAGUACUUACAUGUAUCAAUUACAUGAUAAAUAAUACAUUUCAUCCAAGCAAUAUGUACUGUUUGUUAUAUUUUAUAUUAAAACUCUCAAUCUCAUUGUGAAGAAGCAUCAAAACCACUUUCACAUCAACAUAUUUCACAUUGGACUAAACACAUUUGAUCAGAUACAUUCAGAUGUGUUCAGAUUAAGAUGUGCUAAAAGCAGGUGAAGACUAGACAGUGUGCUGUAGUAGUUCAACUCAAUAGCCGCAUUCACACCGCAGGACUUUCCCUGGUACUUUGGUUCUUUAGUUCCGCUAGUACCAAUAAUGUCGCGUUCACACCGCCGGGACUACUCAGUGCCGGGA